UACCCUGCAUGUACGCCCACAGCACAGGUCAAAAACAUCAUAGUUUAAACCAACAGGGUAUAUCUAGACAGGGAAGCGGGCAGUCGGCUCCAGAGGGACCAACUCACCACAACACAGCAGCUGCAAAGACUUCAUCUGUCAGCCAUGAGGCUCAUCAACAUCGGUCCAGACCCAUCUCUGGCAUAUCGGCCAAACUUGGAGAAGAACGGAAACAAAGAGAAGGAAGACUACAGAAACUUUGAGACUGGAAGCCUCAUUGAUCGUGUCUUCAGCACAUAUAAGUUGAUGCACACCAACCAAUGCCUGGACUUUGUAAAGCAAAAGCACUCUGAAUGGACCAGGUGCAACCACACUCAGAUGGGGAUGAUGGAUGCCAUCAUGUCUCUAGACCAGCUGGUGGACGAGUCUGAUCCUGACGUGGACUUCCCCAACUCCUUCCAUGCCUUCCAGACUGCUGAGGGCAUCCGGCAAGCACACCCAGACAAAGACUGGUUCCAGUUGGUGGGUCUGAUUCAUGAUGUUGGGAAGAUCAUGGCUCUUUGGGAUGAACCCCAGUGGGCUGUAGUGGGCGACACCUUCCCUGUUGGAUGCCAGUAUCAAAACUCAAUUGUGUUCAGAGACAACACCUUCCUGGAUAACCCAGAUGACAAAAAUCCCAGCUACAAUACCGAGUAUGGGAUCUAUGAACCUAACUGUGGGCUCGACAAAGUCUUCAUGUCCUGGGGCCAUGAUGAGUAUCUCUACAGAGUUCUGAAGUUCAACAACUGCUCAAUCCCAGAGGAGGGGUUGUACAUGAUCCGGUUCCAUUCAUUCUACCCCUGGCACUCUCACGGAGACUACAUGCACCUGUGCAAUGAGAAAGACCUGCGUAUGCUCCCCUGGGUCAAAGAGUUCAACAAAUUUGACCUGUACACAAAGACCACCGACCUGCCUGAUGUCGACAAGCUGAAGCCCUACUACCAGUCUCUGAUCAACAAGUACUGUACUGGAGUACUUAAGUGGUGAAACAGACAACAAACAACUCUGACACUAUGUUGUGAGAAAUCAGCUGUGAGAGAGGACGAUUACAUCCGAUGUGUAACUCAGAAUGAUUUGUCCUGUUUUAGCUUUGCUAAUACUAUAACUGCUUUUAGUACCCCACAACACAUGUCACACACUUAUCACUGAAUAUAGUUCUAUCAAAUUACUGAAAUUUUAUCUUUAUCCGCAUACUGAUAAGUUCUUAAAAUUAUAUUGGUGUGUAUAUAUAUAUAUAUAUAUAUAUAAUAACUCAUUAUUAUAAAUUUCCAAAUAAAAUGUACAGAAAAGCAUUUUUAUUUUGUCGCAUUCUGGUCUUAUUAAAAUAUAUAUAUAUAUUUUUAAAAAGUA